AGGGAUAUUACUUUCUGGUCAUUCAACUUGAAGGCUCCACAUAAUACAAAUUUUCUGAUACUGUCAGAAAAUUAUGACAAGAUUGAACAAGACCCCAGAUUCUGCAGAUUUUGUCAAGCUUUAGAAAACAAAGGUUUGUACGUUGUCGCAACAAACUUUGAGUCUCUCAUUAACCCUGAAACUGCAUCUGCCUUGGCAAUUACCCUCGCAGAGCCACCAAAACCUUACGGGAUUCUCACAUCUUCUCGCUCGCCUUAGAACUGCCCGUACCCCUGAAGACAAAGCUUAACUUGUAUCAUCGGCCUGUCUGUAUUUAUUUGACAAAUCCCUUUUUUAUUUGCUACUUAUCAUUAGUAUGUAUAACCUUUGUUCAUCACCAUCUAUUUAUGCUUUUUGUAUCCAUAUAUGAAUGAUGCUUGCUUUCUUGCUUACUCCUUA